AUGUCCUUCCGCAAGAGCAAGUUCCCGCGCCAGUCCCAGAAGGGAAAGUUUAACGAAAGCAGUAUAUUCUUCGAAGGUGCACCCCCGGCUUUGCCUCCGCCGGCUCCACGUAUCGUGAGCUUCGGCGGUUCUGUUUCACAGCGGAGCUCUUCCAAGUCAUCACACGAAUUGCCAAGGCAGACAUCGUCCUUCAACAGUGCCUUGCGCAAGAUGCAAGACUUCUCCCGGGCUAUGUCCAACCCCGUGCAGGAGGAGAGCGCAGAAGACGAUGUUCCUAAGGAGCGCUUCGAGAUGCACCCGGAGUGGCAGAAGAUCUCUGCCGCUGCAUCACAGUCGCAGAAACGAAAGAGCACCAUCACCCGCCGCAGCUCUUUCGAACUCGUGUAUGCGCCGUUGGGACCGGGGCAGCGGGGAGUUCGCGCAAGGUGUGCCAAGGGCAUGUCCUUCCUUAGCGUGGCCUUCAUCUUCCUGGACCUGAUGGUGCUUCCUCUCUAUGCGUUCGGCCUGGAACACGGCGUCCUUGACGGCAUCACGAUCGCUUUCUGGUCGAUUCUUCUCCUCGUCCAGGCCCUUAAGCUUGUGGAGAGGUCGAGGAAGCGACCCGCCACGUGGAUUUUGGAGGCCUCUUUGGUGCUCGGGAGAGUGGGCCUUGCAUUGUGGAGGCCCACUUCCUCCUCGGCUCCGCUUGUCUGGGGCAUCGUCUCCGCGUUGCAGCUCUUGCGCCUCUGCACCCUCCCGUACUACUACGAGUGUUCGGGGGUGGCUGCCUUUACCCACAACGUGCUUCGAAAAACAAGCCGGGAAGUGCGUGCCACCUGGAACAUAUCUUGGAUGGGGCUGGUGUCCCUGUUCUGUCUGCAUUGCUUGACCUGUGCGUGGUUCGGCGUUGGCUUACAAAUGGGCGGCUGGACCGAAGAUGCGGAGUUGGCUCGCCUCCCUUGGCAUGGGCAGUAUGUCCGAAGCAUGGAGUGGGCCUCCCGUCUGCAGAUUCAGGCUUCCAGCUCAGGUCUGUUUCGGGCCUGGGGCUCAAUGUUCAUGGUGAUGGGUUGCGGAUGCACUGCAUUGCAGGCCUUGUCAAGGCUGCCGCCGUCACGCAUCACCGAGAACAUGGAGCUGCAGACCCAGGCAGAGCGGCUACUCGCGGUUCUCAGCACAGCGCUUGGUGUCCUGUUUGCGUCCAUCUUUACAUCGGUCACUAACGACAUCUCAGACUUGCGUCGAUUGAAGCGGAUGAGGAAAGAGGCAGAGGACAAGCUGAGCGAUUUUCUCGAGGCGCACCCGGUGCCGCAGAGCCUGGAGCAGCAACUCAGCAGCUACGCGCGGCGGCACAUGUCCAGGGUGGUGCCGCCGGGCAAAGAGGAGCUGGCAGGGUCCUUGCCUCACUUCCUCUACGAGGAAUUGUGCCGUGAGGCCUUCACUCCCAUCGUCAGCAACCAUACCUUGCUGCACAACCUUUGUAGCAAGUACUCGGCCUUCCAGCGCGAGCUGUGCGUCCGAUGCUUCGUGGAGUGGCCCGUCAUGGCACAAGAGACACUGUUUCAGCCUGGAUUGCAAUGUGAGAGCCUCCUUGUUGUAGUGCGUGGUGUCAUCACCUACAGCACAGCUCGCCUACCUCCAGUGACAGGCUCCAUCUCCAAUACCGCUUGGGUUCAAGUUGUGCCCGGAUCAGUGGGUGAGACUGGUGAAGUGUCAGCAUCAAGCCUAUCGCAAGGCGAUUGGCUCUGCGAGCACUGCCUUUGGACAAGCUGGAGCUAUCUGGGACAAGCGCGCACUGACUCCGGAGCCGACAUGCUUUGCCUAAGCCGUGACAGGGUGCACGAGCUGGCUCAGGUCUGCAAGGAGGCCGCUGCAGAACUUGCCCGGUAUGCAGCUCUGGCUGUUGGCCUUUUGAACAGCACCGCAGUGGAGGAACUUUCAGACUUGCCGAUCGAGCUGUCAAAGUGA